AUGAAAUGGAAACGUAGUAAAAAGGCCCAUCAAGAAGCCAAGUCAUCCAAAGAACCUUCGGAGAGUAAAUCACAACCUGUAAGCUGCUUCAAAUCGUGUUCUUCGAGUUCCGAAACAACAGAAUGUACUACUACAACGGAAAUGUGCCAACCCUCAAAAAGGACUGAGGAAAACGAAUCUCUCUAUAGGCCAUACGUUGUUUAG